GUUUACUGACACAGGAAAGGAGCCGGGAGGCGCUCGUCAGUCAUCCGGACCCCGGGAGAACGGGGCCGUGAGCGUUAACGAGUAGAUGCACGGUAUCCUUUAUACCGCUUGCUUUUUCCUAGUCACCGGCGCAGGUGACAACAAUGCAAAGGGCAAAGAAAUUCGGGCGGAGGCGAUGGCUCGGUACAGGGAGCGUGUUAAAGAAAUGUUUUAUCAUGCCUACAAUAACUACUUAGAGAAUGCGUUCCCCUAUGAUGAACUGCGACCUUUAACUUGUGAUGGUCAGGAUACCUGGGGAAGCUUUUCUCUGACUCUGAUUGAUGCCUUGGAUACUCUCCUGGUGCUGGGCAAUGUGACUGAGUUUCAGAGAGUUGUCCACAUUCUUCAGGAUGGAAUGAACUUCGACAUCGAUGUCAACGCAUCUGUGUUUGAGACUAACAUUCGAGUGGUGGGUGGCCUGUUGUCUGCUCACCUGCUCUCCAGGGAGGGCGGCAUCGCUGUGGAGCCAGGCUGGCCGUGUACGGGCCCUUUGCUCAGAUUGGCAGAAGAAGCUGCACGUAGACUGCUGCCAGCUUUCCAAACUCCAACCGGAAUGCCAUUUGGGACGGUGAAUCUUAUGAACGGGGUGAAUCCCGGUGAGACGCCAGUCACGUGCACUGCAGGAAUCGGCACCUUCAUACUGGAAUUUGCUACUCUGAGCCGCUUGACAGGCGACCCGGUGUUUGAGGAGGUGGCGAGGAAGGCACUGGACGGGUUGUGGAAAAGCCGAUCGGACAUUGGCCUUGUGGGAAACCAUAUUGAUGUGUUAACUUCAAAGUGGGUGGCCCAGGAUGCUGGGAUUGGGGCAGGCGUCGACUCUUACUUCGAGUACCUGGUGAAGGGAGCCAUCCUGUUGCAAGAUGAAGGCCUGAUGUCGUCUUUCCUUGACUAUGAGAAAGUGAUUAAGAAUUACACCAAGUUUGAUGAUUGGUACGUCUGGGUUCAGAUGUACAAAGGCACCGUCUCCAUGCCGGUCUUUCAGUCUCUGGAAGCUUUCUGGCCAGGACUACAGAGUUUAAUUGGUGACAUCCAUAAUGCAAUGAAAACUUUCCACAACUACUACCAGGUUUGGAAGCAGUAUGGGGGACUCCCCGAGUUUUACAGCAUCCCCCAGGGCUCGACUGUGGACAAGCGAGAAGGCUACCCACUUCGACCAGAGCUUAUAGAGAGUGCCAUGUAUCUGUAUCGAGCAACAGGAGACCCAACCUUCCUGGAAUUGGGCAGGGAUGUGAUUGAGGCCAUUGAGAAGAUAAGUCGUGUGGAUUGUGGAUUUGCUACUGUCCGAGACUUGCGUGACCACAAACUGGACAACCGCAUGGAGUCCUUCUUCCUGGCAGAGACCGUGAAGUACCUCUACUUACUCUUCGACCCUGACAACUUCCUCCACAACGACGGGGCCACCUUCCACACGGUCACCACCCCCUACGGCGAAUGCGUGCUGGGGGCCGGCGGCUAUCUGUUCAACACGGAGGCACACCCCAUCGACCCCGCGGCCCUGCACUGCUGCAGCCAACGCAGGGAGGAGCGCUGGGAAGUCGAAGCGCUGAUGCACGAGUUCCGCAGCGCGCGGUAUGCGGGGGCGGGACUGCAUGAAGGGGGCUCUUUGCAACGGGCUCAAGCCCAAAGCAAGAGCAAGUGGACGGCUCAAGACGGGAACCAAGGAAAAAGAAAAACAAACAAGAAAAUUCCAGUACUGAGUUGCCCGAGCCAGCAUUUCAGCUCCAAACUUGCUGUGUUGGGUCAAGUGUUUACAGACUCUUCCUAAUCUUAACCUCAGAUCAGGGGUUCCCAACCUGGGGUCUACUGAGCCUUUGGUUAAUGAUAGGGGUCCAUGGCAUAAAAUAGAUUGGGAACCCCUGCCUUAGAUCUUUAUUUAUGGAACUGUGAAAUAAAGUUUUAUAUAGGAUUUUCCAAAUUUUUUGUGGUCAGCAGAUCUGAAGGACAAUGACUUCUACAUCACAAGGUAUCUGGUAUGUACUUUAUGAGCAGUUUUAGGUCCCUUAUCUAAGAAAGGUCGUGCUGGCGUUGGAGAGGGUCCAGUAGAGGGUCAGGUUAAAUGAAAGGGUGAAUAUAUAAGGAGCAUGCCUCUGGGUCUGUACUUGCUGGAGUUAGAAGAAUGGGGUGGGUGGGUGGAAUCUCAUUGAAAUUUACUGAAUAUUGGAAGGCCUAGAUAGAGUGGAUGUGGACAGGAUGUUUCCAUUAGUGUGUGAGUCUAGGACCAGAGAUCACAGCUUCAAUACAAGGAUGUCCAUUUAGAACAGAGAUGAGGAGGAAUUUCUUUAGCCAGAGAGUGGCAAAUCUGUGGAAUUCAUUGCCAUGGCCGACUGUGAAGUUGUUGGGUAUAUUUAAAGUGGAGGUUAAUAGGUUCUUGAGUAGUAAGGACAUGGAAGGUUAUGGGAAGAAGGAAGGAGAAUGGGGUUAAGAGAGGUAAUAAAUCGAAUAUUCAAUGGACUGAAAGGCCUGAUUCUCCUCCUGUCUUGUGUCUUAAUUACCUCUAGAGGUUCAAAUCACUGGGAUCUUCACGAUUGUCCUUUAAAUUAACAGGUUGCAAGUAGGAUGAGACAUUUGCCACAGACAGAGACCUUUGUGUGCUCAUGAUAUCAUGUAGAAUAUUACAAUUGAAUUUAAUAUUAAACAGUACAGAGUAGGCCCUUCGAUCCAUGAUGUCUGUGCUGUCCACAAUGCCUAAUUAAACUAAAUCUGCUCUUCCUGCCCAUAUGAUCCAUUCUCCUGCAUUCCCUGGACUCCCCUGACUAUCCAAAAGCCUCUAUUGUAUAUGCUUCCACCAGUUCCUCUGGCAGCCAGUUCCAGGCUCCCAGCACCCACUGUAUUUAUAAUAUUUUUUAAAAAACUUGCCUUCUUGAAACUUACCCCCGCACCUUAAACAGACAUCCUCCAGUAUGCCAUUUGCCUCAGAAGAAAGAUUCUGUGUGCCUUUAGUUUUAAGUUCUGAUUGCAGCCACCACUUUAUUGUACCGCAGACCACAGUAAUUUAAGAUGAAGGAGGAACUUUGACAAGGACAGCACAGACCAUCAUAUAAGACAAUAUGCGGUGGCAUGUUAGCGUUGUGGUUAGCACAAUGCUUUAUGGUACAGGCAAUCAGGGUUCAAUUCUGUAACUUCUCCCCGUGACUACGUGGGUUUCGUCUGGGUGCUCCAGUUUCCACCCACUGUCUAAAGACGUACCAGUUACAGGUUAAUUGGUCGAUGGAAAUUGUCCUGUAAAUAGGCUAGCCGCUUGGCGGCGCGGCUGGAGGGGCUGGAAGGGCCUGUUCCACGCUGGAUUUAUAAUAAGGCAUCCAUUAGUCUUGCAAGACCAUGGAUCUGCACCUGGAAAGUCUUCACUCUCCAGGGCACAGGCCUGGGCAAGGUUGUAUGGAAGACAGUCAGUUGCCCAUGCUGCAAGUCUCCCCUCUCCACGACACCAAUGUUGUCCAAGGGAAGGGCAAGGGCCGAUACAGCUUGGCACCAGUGUUGUCGCAGAGCACUGUGUGGUUAAGUGCCUCGCUCAAGGACACAACACGCUGCCUCAGCCAAGGCUCAAACUAGCAACCUUCAGAUCACUAGACCGAUGCCUUAACCACUUGGCCAUGUGCCCACAAUGUAUUUCAAUAAUAAAUAAACUGAAACACCCCCCCCCCCCAUUUCUUUGGGCUCUGUAAGCCUAGGGAAUGCAUGUUCCAGUGCAGCCAAACCCGUGAGAAGGGGACGAUUCUCCCACCCAAACCCUGGUUUGUGUGGAUGUUGUGUACUUUGCUACCCUGUUACAACCUGGUGCCAAGAAAUAACAGACAGCGCACUGCAUUCAAUUAAAGAAAUUAUAGACGGGGGAGAAAAAACAAAAAGGGCCCAUUAUAAUUAAAUGUUCACAAGUUGGAGCUCAACUCUUCCAAAAGUCAUGCUCACUGAUCCUCAGUAAACCUCGGCACCUUGCUUCAUCGAAUCACGGUCCCCCACCAGGUCGAAUCCUAUGACCAGUCCUCUCCAGCGCCUUCUCUCUUCAUCUCCCGCCGAACCAAGGACCCCAGCUCACACCGGUGUUGGGUGCACAACACAAAAACCAGCUCCCCUGAUUGGAUGGCUCACAUUCCAAAGAUCCGUUAUCUCUAACCAUAACCCAUACACUGCUUCUACAGAAACACCAUUACAUUAGCAGUGAAACCUUUUCCAGGGUGCUACAAAACAAAAUGCUGAAGGAAUUUAGCAUGUCAGUCAGCAUCUAUCAAAAGGAUUAAAGAGUUGAGGUUUCGGGCCACUCAUUUCCUAUUGGGCCUGUAUUUGCUUCACUUUUAAGGUCUUACCAGGCCCUGAUGCAACCAGUCCAUAUACUCUCCACCACCAGAAGUUUGUCAAAGUUUUAGAUAUCAUGCUGAAUCUUCGUAAACAUCUAUUGAAGUAGAGGUGCGGUUGUGCUUUCUUUGUAAUUGCACUUGGGUGCUGGGCUGAGGACAGGUCCUCUGAAAUGAUAGCACCAAAGAAUUUAAAGUUGUUGACCCUCUCCUCUGAUUCUUUGAUGAGGACUGGCCGUUUCCUCUUUCUGGAGUCAAUAAUCACCUCCCUGGUCUUGCUGACAUUGAGUGAGAGGUGGUUGUUGUGGCACCACUCAGACAAGUUCCCAGUCUCCCUCCUGUAUACUGAUUCGUCACCACCUGUUUCGGCUAAUGACAGCGGCGUUGUCAGCAAACUUCCAGAGGGGAAAAAAAUGCUGUUUCCACCCUUCUCCAGGCAAUCUGAACAAAUCAAUGAACUAAUGUGAACUUCAACAUUGAAAUGUCCUGAAAAUACAACAUCUUACAGCUUGAGGCAUAACUGUUGGAAUACUAUGCUACAUUUGUACUUAAACUUUUCUGGAUGUCCAAAUAAAGUGUGUCUCGGGUGGCUUGCCAUUCUCUCAGUUCUUAAACAGUUGGUUGCCUGGAUUAGAGAAUGUUUUAUGAGGAUAGGUUGAGUGAGCUAGGGUUUUUCCCUUUGGGGUGAAGGAAGGUGAGAGGCAACUUGAUAGAAGUGUACAAGACAGGAGAUAUAGGUUGAGUAGGUAGCCAGAGGCUUUUCCCCAGGGCAGAAAUGGCUAAUAUGGAGGUGGGGAGGCAUAAUUUUAAGGUGAUUGGAAAUAUUAUAAGAGGGGGUGUCAGAGGUAGGGUUUUUUUACACAGAGUGGUGGGUGCAUGGAAUGUACUGUCAAGGGUGGUGGUUGAGGCACAUGAAAUUAGAGAUAUUAACUCUUAAAUUCGUGGAUGAUAGCAAAAUGGAGGCUGAUGGGUAGGAGAGGGUUAGAUUGAUCUUAGAGCAAGUUAAAAGGUGGGUACAACAUUAUGGGUUGAAGGCUCUGCCCUGUGCUGUAGUGUAAUGUGUUGUGUGUUCUAUUUAGAAUAUACAGGAGGAAGCCAUUUGCCCCUUUGUAGUGGUGCCAGAUCUUUGUAAGUUGCUACCUAAUUAGUCCCAGUUCCUUGCUCUCUUCCUGUUGGCAUGCAUUUUGUUUUACUUUUAAAGUCUUAAGCAACUGGUUGUUUUUUCAGUUAUUUUUAUAACCCCUUUCAGAUAACUUGAUGCUUACUUUUUAAAAAUCUCCCCUCCUCCUCCUUCCCCCUCUCUUUGACCUAACCAUUGCAAGUAUUAUUUUCCAUUAGUUUUUCUCGAGUUUUCCAUCCUCGAGUUCUGCUGGAGUGCACACACAGGUCUCUACCCGACAGCUGCUGCUUCUCAUUGUGUGUCUGUCAUUGUUUUCCUCGUGGGUGUGGGGAGGGAAAUGGAAUUCACAGUAGCCGCAGCUCCACUGGGGGAGAGAUGAGCAAGAGACUACAGAAACACAAGGGAUUUCUUAAUUCAAGUACUUGUGCUUAAGUAGACCAGUGUAAACCAGCUAGGAAAUUGAAGACUUCCUGCUGAAUAUGUAUGGUGGACAGGAGGUGAAUGUCGCAGCAAUCAAAGUGAUGUCUUGGGAGGAAUAAUUAAGCAUUUUUUUUUCUUUUCUGCUCCCAGACAAUGCACAUUUCACAGUGAAGAUGACAGCUAUUUUCUGCUAGGAAAUUCUCAAUUCCUUCAUGAAACCCCCUGUUUAUUAGCUAAGGAGGUGGCCUGGUAGCAUAGUGGUUAGCACAAAGCUAUUGUAGUGCCAGUGACUGGGAGGCAAUUCUGCCGCUGUCUGUAAGGAGUCUUCACAUUAUCCCCCAUCACCAUGUGGGUUUCUUGGGUUUCUUCCCACAUUCCAAAGACGUAUGGGCUAGUGGGUUAAUUAGUUGUGUGUGUAAUUAGGUGGUGAGGGCUCAUUGGGCCAGAAGGGCCUGUUACCAUGUUAGAUCUUUAAAUCAACACCAGUAAGACAAGGGUGGUGGUGAUGGACUUUAGGAAGACUCAGCCUGCACUGUUCCCUAUUGCUGUUACUAUUGGUGGUGAGGAUGUGGAUUUGGUGAGGACCUACAAGUACCUGGGGGUGCACCUGUGUGACAGAUUUGAGUGGGACAUCAACACAGGCUGUGUACAAGAAGGGCCAGAGUCACCUUUACUUCCUGAGGAGACUGGGUUCCUUUGGAGUAUGGAGGCCUCUCCUUCACGUGUUCUACCAGUCUGUUGUCACCAGUACAAUCUUCUGUGCAGUGGUGUGCUGGGGCAAUGGCAUCGAUAUGGGUGAUGCCAACGGGCUCGAUAAACUGAUGAGAAAGGCCAGCUCUGUUACAGGAGUCAAAUUGGACACACUGGAGGCUGUGGUCGACCAAAGGACCCUGCGGAAAAUCCUGGCAAUUCUGGACAAUUCUUCCCACCUUCUGCAUGCCUCCUUGGCUGAACAGAGGAGCACUUUUAGUAAUAGACUGAGACAACUGCGCUGCUUCAAAGAGCGCUAAAUGAGGACAUUCUUACCCUCGGCUGUUAGGUUCUAUAAUGAGUCAACCUAUAGCCGGGGAAGUGAUGACCCCUCCUGUUAGACUGUUUGAGGUAACUUAUUUUUUAUUCUUUCUUACUUCUCUUCUAAUAUUUGUAUAUCU